AUGCGGUCUUCAAGUGUUCUUGCUGCUGUUACCUUGGGCGCUGUUGCGUCCGCGUAUCAGCUUCCCGCAAACCUCAAGAAGAUCUACGAUCAACACAAGUCUGGAACCUGUUCCAAGAAGCUCUCCGGUACCUUCAGUGGCGGUGCUACAUACUGCGGAGAUCUUCCCAACGCCAUCUUCCUGAAGGGAAGCAGCGGCAACUAUGACAACAUGGACAUUGAUUGCGAUGGCGCCAACAAUUCUGCCGGCGGGUGCUCAAAUGACCCCAGCGGCCAAGGCGAAACCGCGUUCAAGGACACAGUCAAGACCUACGGCAUCCCCGAUCUCGAUGCAAACAUCCAUCCCUAUGUCGUUUUCGGCAACGAAGGCGCCAGCCCUUCAUUUAACCCUCAAAGCAAAGGAAUGAAGCCUCUUAGUGUCAUGGCAGUCGUUUGCAACAACCAGGUGUUUUAUGGUGUUUGGGGCGACACCAACGGCUUCACCUCCACUGGCGAGGCUUCGCUGGCGCUGGGCAAGCUGUGCUUCCCCAACGAAGGUCUUUCCGGUGACAAUGGUCAUGAUCCCAAGGACGUUCUCUACAUUGGCUUUACCAGCAGCAGUGCUGUGCCUGGCAAGAGCGGCGCAAACUGGAAGGCUAAGAAGACGGCCGACUUCGAGUCAAGCAUCAAAGCCCUGGGCGACCGACUUGUCGCCGCCUUGUAA